UUCUAAUCGGUGCUACCGUCAACGCGUUGUUACAUUUUUAUCGUUUGUGCCGUUUAACCUGUUAAUUAAACAUUCAUCAUAAUCGAUUAGCAGUCUGCCGCCUGGCAUCGGUAGACCGCGAUCGGAAGAUUUUCACGGAAUAUUUUUCGCAAAUGACGAGUUGCCGUCUGGAGAGAAGAUCGAAAGAAUCCACCGGCAAGUCUGAGAGGGGAUUCCUAAGAGCGGGUCGACGACCGAUCGGCUCAAAACCCAAUACGCAUGAUGAACCGAAUGGUUGCGUUACUAGUGGCAGCUGUAAUUGCUGUUACAGCUACACAUGCGGAAGAGGAAUUGGUGGCGGUCGUCCAUCUAACAUCAUUUUCCUCAAGAAAUGUCACGGGUAACUUGAAGAUUGUUCAAACUCCCUUGGAUGGACCUGUUACUAUCACUGGCACGAUCUCCGGACUCACAGGAGGGCUACACGGUUUUCAUGUGCACGAAAAGGGAGAUUUGAGUGAGGGUUGCAAAUCCGCGGGAGCGCACUUCAAUCCCGAGAACAAUACUCACGGCGCUCCGGAAGACACUGUCAGACAUGUCGGCGAUCUAGGAAAUAUCAUGGCCAAUCCUGACGGAGAAGCGAUAAUAAAUAUCACUGACAAUAUCAUCUCGCUUAGAGGAUCGAAUAGCAUCGUGGGACGGUCCAUAGUUGUACAUUCCGACGAGGACGAUCUUGGCAAGGGCAAUCAUUCUCUUUCUUCGACAACCGGAAAUUCUGGCGAUCGUUGGGCUUGCGGUGUCGUUGGCAUCGAGUCGUCGUACGGCAAGUGGAAUUCUGGCUCAUUUACUACGCCGAGCGUAUCGAUCCUUGUGAUAUUCUGCCUCAUCGCAGUACAUCAACACCUCAAGUUCUAACUCCCAUGGGAGCUCCAAGUAAUUCCGUGUCUUGUUCGAAGAUAAGUAAAUUACAUUUGCAUCUCACAAAUAGCGAAAGCUGCGACCAUCCGACUAUUCGUCAACAAUAAUAUAUCAGCAGUAACAAAAUUUUAACUACCGCUAUAGAGCGUCGCAGAAUAGCGUUAUGUCAGUAAUCGUUAAUUAUUUUGACGUAAAUGUAAUUUACCGGCCGAUUACUAUAAAUCUCAUUGCAAUAAACCGACGAGUAGUUCGAUUUUUUAUGUAUCGGUGAACAUCAAACUAUAUCAGAUUGAUAUA